AUGUCGAUGCCUCAUUCCAAAGAGGAAACCAGCGGUCCUUUGCACUCGCCGAAUCUGGCAGUGCACCCAACCACCAGCGCUGCCUUGGCCUCUACCCCCGAGGCCCAAAUAAUCACUUCUCCCGCCAUCCCGACGUCUUCGGAGAUGGAGAAACGCCGCCGUGUUGAGCUCUCCUUCCGCCAGAUGCUGGCGGCCCGCCAGGCCGAAGGCCAGGCCGAGGACGAGGCGUGGCGACACGCCCUUGUCCAGUGGCACCGCGAGCGUGGAGAGCACGCCGCUGCAAGCACCUUGGCUACGGCCACCAUCACUCCCGAGAUCCCUCUCGGUGACAACCUCCUGGCCCCAGGGCCUGUUGCGCCUGCUGGCGCCCCCGCUAUCCACCUUGCCCAGCCGGCAAUCAAUGCCGCUGGAGAAAACCACAUCCUCGCCGCCUGCAAGCCUGAGGAUCCUGAAGCGCAGAAGCGCAUUCGGGAGAAUACUCGGCGUCUUGUCGAGUGCGGCAUUGUCGACAAGCUCAGCUCUGAGCCUGCGAGCGAGCCUCCCUCCCAGCCUGUCGAGUCUCCCUCCCGCCCUGCUGGAUCCUCCUCCCAGCCUGCCGAGUCUCUCUCCCGCCCUGCCGAGUCCCCCUCCCGCCCUGCCGAGUCCUCCUCCCGCCCUGAGGACACUCCUGCUGUCGACCCCUUCGCCCGCGUCCGUGCUGCUCACCAGCGGUACAUGCAAGCUCUCCAGGAAGUGGAGAUCAUGGUCAGAGAGCGUCGUGCGCGUCGUGAAAUCGACGCUGUUCUUGCGGGUGCUCCUCUUCGUGGCUCUGGAGAUGGUGAGAUCCUCUUUGCUUGUUAUUUGGAUCUCCCUAAUGAUAACAACGUUGUGAUGCUGAGCCAUUCCUAG